UCGCCAUCCACAUCCGGCACCUUGGAUCCACCACGCCUCGGAAACCACGGACUGGACGGGGGCGUUUUCAAAUGUUCAGCCAAACUCUUCAAGCCCUGGAAUGACUUACUCUACUUCAGCGCAGACUCUGGACUAUCCCUAUCUCGCCACAAGUCGCCACACCUCGAAACAUCUCGAAUGCCUCACGACUCUCCACCACACACCCUCCCUUACACAAAAGGGCUCAAGCGAACACCAGAACAGACGCGACCUUCUCCCAUACAACCGCAUCGAACACGAUCUCAACCUCCCCAAGUCCAUCGCCCUCAGCUUUUGCGGGAAUCACCACCACCAAAUAUAUCCAAAAGUCCGAGCGAAAAAACAACCAAAAAACACCAAAAAGAACCGAAAUUCGUCGCCACAAUCGACACCCCGGCGGCAUUCUAUCGCCUCUCACUCUCUCGCCUCCGAGCAACUCUUCUCGAAACCCCGUGCUCUGCUUUCUUGCUUUUUUCCUGAACUCCUUCUUGCACAAAAAGCUUAUUCGACAUCUGAAAACACGCCUUUCCCUCCACUCGUGUCUAAAAGCAUACAGCAUUGCGCUGUUUCCUAUGUAAACCAUCUCCUCAUAUGCAUGCCAAUUAUUGAUGUGAAGAUUGGGAAUGAGGGAACGAGGGGAUGCAAGUGGUACUGGAACUUUGUGGUGUCGCAGGACAAUUCUGACUCAACACCUUCCCAAACAUGAGAGCUUCUGAAAUAGGUAGUGGGAUUGGUAAAGGGAAGAAAAGGAAAGAGAAAGCAUAUUUCGAAGGGCAGAAGAAGAUACGACAGAGGGGGAAUCAUAGAGAGGAAAAAAAGAGAUGGUGGAGAGAAAGAAGCACUGGAAAAGGGGGGCAACGCACGCAAAGGACAAUGGAAGAGCUGCGAUGGAUGAAUUGUUAGAUGUACAUGGGGGCACGGGAUAUAGUAGGUGUGGCUUCUGUUAUGUGUGUAUCAUUCUG